AUGGUGAUGUAUCUGUGUACGCCGCUUUUGGAAGCAGGUCUCGUGUCCGAGGUCAAGGUAGCCUGGCAGCGUCGGAUGGGCACUGAGCCGCGACCACAGCAGGCAACUAAACGCCGUCGAGGCGUGAGAAAUCCUGUUGACAGCUGGAGCCUGGAGGCAACGUGGCAGAAAGAGGUUGAACCAGAGCCUUUUGGGGCCGUGAGUCAGGACUUAGGACGCAAGCCCAUUGUUGAUGAGGCUGCAGGGGACGUUCUCGGUGUCUGCGUGCCACGAUGUAUUCGUACUCCAUACUUGGGAGUAGCUACGCUCCGUUGGCCUCCAAGCCCCUGUCUCGCAAGACCAAGAGUCCAAAACGAGUGUCGGAUUGGGGGUCACCCAAGAGUGCCGUCGCAGGACGGGAAGGUGAAGUGUCAAGGUGUGUGGGUUGUAGCAUGUCGUUUCCAGGCCUAG